GAAAGUGAGCAGAAUGGAGGACAUCUUCCUAACCAGAAUGAGCUGGACCAAUGUGGGAGGUUUGGGAGGAAUGACACUGACCCUACAGAGCAUUGGUGUACCAGAAGUGCGAGUGUAUGGACCUCCGAAUGCAGAAGAUUUCUAUCAAGCAUUAAAAGACUUCACAUACUUUCCGAAGAUUAAAGUUCGUGUGAAGCCGUACCAUCUGUCUCCCAUGUCUGAUGAUGUCAUGACUGUUUGGCAGGUGCCAAUCAGAGCUCCUGACACAUCAUCACAUGGAGGAGGUCUCAGUCCUAGGGCGGGGUCAAGGUCACCUGACCAUGAUCUCAGUCCCAAAGCUGGCAGCUCUAGAUCUCCUUCCCAGAGUCCUGUGGUCAGGAGAAGCAGUUGUGAUGUUUCUGACAUUGACUCAGAAUCUGAUGAUUCCAGUAGAUCAUCCAGUCCUAGAAAUUCACCUAAGUCCAAGAGAAGAAAAACAUCCCAGAGGGAUGAAUCCCUUGUUAUAAGUUAUAUUUGUAAGUUGAAGCCCAAAAAAGGCAGGUUUUUAACAGAAAAAGCCUUGAUGGAUGGAAUCAAACCAGGUGUGUGGGUUGGUGAGUUGAAGAAAGGUAACCAGGCCACCUUACCAGAUGGGAGAGUCAUCGACCCAACACCGUAUGUAGAACCUGAUACACCAGGUCCUGUCUUCAUUGUGGUUGAAUGUCCAGGUGAGGACUUCAUUGAACCAGUCACAACUAACAGCCAGAUUGCAAAGUACCAGGAGGAUGGAGAUGAAGAACUACCAGCUAUCGUUGUCCACUUUACUCCAGCAGGAGUAGCCAAGGACACACGCUACCAGGACUGGAUCACAAGAUUUGGACCAAACACAGAACACCUGUUCCUGAAUGAAGACACCCAGACAACAUCUCACGAGGGUACAGCCUCUCUCCAGGCCUGUCUCAACAUCAUACAGCCUACUGUUUUUCCCCUGCUAGCAGAUAACGCCAUCAAGCCGGGAAGUCUGCCGCCUCUCCCACACAAACAUGUCCGAGGGGAGUGUCUGUUAACAUACUGGCUGUUCCACAGGGACCACCCUCUACAAUGGGACAGAUCCUCCAUUCCAUUGCUGGACAAUGAAGAGGCUGUGAAGGGGGCUUUUGCUUUGCCUGGAUUUGAGGAUAGCCUUAAGGAGAUGAAGGAGACAAUUGCAACAGCAUUUGCCAGUGAUACAGCAGCCUCCCCGUCCUACCCAGAAGUGGUGUUCUUUGGUACAGGAUCGUCCAUCCCCAGUAAGAGGAGAAAUGUCACAGGAAUCCUGGUCCAACUCAGUGAGUCAGAGUCCCUGUUGUUGGAUGGUGGGGAGGGCACAUUUGGACAGAUGUACCGGCACUAUGGUGCUGAUGUGGACAGGGUGCUGGCUAACAUCAAAUGUGUCUUCAUCUCACACAUCCACGCUGACCAUCACUUGGGACUGAUGAAAAUAUUUCAAGAGAGAAGAAGAGCACUGCAAACCCUUGGAGAGCCCCAGCAGCCCAUGUACCUGAUAGCCCCCCUCCCGUUCAUGUCAUGGAUCAACCACUACAGACUCAACUGUGAGAACAUCGGCAUGGACAACAAGGACUUCAUCCUGCUUCUUUCUAAAGACCUGUCUGUGUUUUCAAACGAAGAACAGAACCAAGAAUUUAACAGCCUGAAGAAGAACCUUGGCUUCAAGCAGCUCCAGGUUGUACCAGUCCUCCAUGUCUCCCGUUCUUAUGGCCUGGUUGUGACCCACAAUGAUGGCUGGAAGUUGGUGUACUCCGGAGACUCCAUGCCUUGUGAUGCCCUCAUCAUGGCAGGUAAAGAUGCCACACUACUGAUACACGAGGCUACGUUUGAUGAUGAACUCCACCAAGAAGCAAAACGGAAGAGACACAGCACCAUUACCCAGGCCGUGGAUGUUGGUAUUGAGAUGAACGCAGGCUUCAACCUGCUGACACACUUCAGUCAGCGCUAUCCCAAGAUCCCCCUCAUGGACAACGGAGGAGAGAAAGUGGGCAUCGCAUUCGACCACAUGAAGGUGCGUCUGGGUGACCUGAAGCUCCUGCCUCACCUGAGCACACCUCUACAGGCUCUGUUCCAGGAGGAGCUGCAGGAAAUGAGAGUCAAACAGAAACGCCACAAACGGAACAGACUCGGGGGCCUCAUUGACUAGAACUCGACAAAUA